AUGGAACGAAUUUUCUUUUUUCUUCACGAGAAAAAAGAUACCAUGGAUUGGGCUCUAAUCCAAAUUGAAAAGCCGCGCUUUGCGCUAGUGAUAUAUAUAAUAACCGGUCACGCAACUAGCAUUAACGUGCAUUUUUUAUUAACGAGAAAUCGAGACUCGGACAUACAAACUGGUAGUCAGAAUCGUUUAUGGGAGAAAUGUCGGCUAGAGCUGUUUUGA